AUGGCGCCGCCGUCACGCCGUCUGCCACCGCUGAUGGACGAGGUCGUCGAAGAGAUCCUCCUCCGCUUCCCGCCCGACGACCCCGCGAGCCUUCUCCGCGCCGCCCUCGUCUGCAAGCGCUGGUGCCGCCUCGUCUCUGGUCCCUUCUUCCGCCGCAGGUUCGGCGAGUUCCACCGGACGCCCCCCAUGCUCGGCUUCCACAUCUUGGUGCCGUCCCGUGCCAAGACCUCCUGCUUCCGCCACAGAGGAUCAGGUGACACCCGCUUCAUAUCCACGACCUCCUCCUUCCGCCUGCCACAUGCCAUUGUCCCCAGCUGGCGCGCCGUCGACGCCCUCCACGGCCGCAUCCUCUUCUACGAUAUGGAUCCGUCUCCUCAAACCGUAGAGCUGGAGCUCAUCGUGUGGAAUCCCAUCACGGACGAGGUGCGGAGGCUGCCCAUGGUGCCGCUGUGCACGUACAGAUGGAGCGCCGCGUUGCUCUGCGCGGCGCCAGGCUGCGACCACGUCGACUGCGGCUACGGCCCCUUCCGAGUGGUCGUCGUAACCACAGAACCGUUGGAGGGGUUCACGUCCGCCUGCGUCUACUCAUCGGAGCAACACGCGUGGAGCGUGCCAAUCUCUGCACAGUACCUCAUUGCUGGUAACUUGAGAGGACCCAGUGUUCUCGUGGGGAAUGCAAUCUACUUCUUGUGUGAAAACACUAGAAUCUUGGAGUAUGAUAUGGGCAAAGAGGAGCUAUCGGUGAUGAGCAUACCAUCUGUGUGUAAGGCUAGAAGCAUCGUCCUCAUGACAGCGGAGGAUGGCGGGCUUGGCUUCGCCGUGGUACAGGGGUCUAAACUCUCUACGUGGUCAAGGGUUGACGAUGGAUCAGAUGUCGGAUGGGCACAACGAAGAGUCAUUGAGCUCGAUAAGCUGCUCCCCCUCUCAAUCGCAACUAGAGUGGUUGCUGUUGUGGACGUCCUUGGUGUCAUUUUCAUAGAGACGAUUUGCGAGCGAGCAAAACAUUGUCCGGAGGUUAGAGAUCUAUCACCUGAAAAAUCUAGGAUUUUAAUAUUCCUCGAGUAUAGCAUCACCCAUACUAGGCUCUUCACUAUUGAUCUCAAGUCCGGCCGGGUGAAGCAGAUAUAUGAGGACUCUGAACAUGUCAUCCGUGACAUUGUUCCCUACACGAGCUUCUGCACUCCAGCGUUGGGAGCGGCCUCUACAGACGAGGGACCAAGGGCAGGUGCUUCAAGCGCACCAAAAGCUUAAGGUGUUCAUUUGAGGGCUUCUCAAUCAAGGGGAAAAGGG